AUGUCAUUGGUAUUUUGCAGUUUCUUGACACAGUGCCGUCCUCGGUCUGUUAGUAUGGGUAAUGCAAUCAAAUUCCUCAAGCUUGAGAUUACCCAUUCGUCUCCUGACAUGCCAGAAGAACAGGUAUGCUGUGCACAGAAACCUUUAUACACCCUAAGAGCACUGAUUGAGGAACCAGUAACAUAACACAUUGUACACAGCACCUGUGGCUGAUGUACUGAUAAACUAUCAGGUCAUAGAUAGUGAUCAGUACUGAAAAGACCCCAGUUAUAUUUCAAUAAAACAAGACCCUGAUAAUUGGGGUACAUUGGGCUGCUGCCUUGUGAAACAGAACACAUUCACCUGGACAGUACGAGGAACUUUUGAUGACAUCAGGCAAAUCAAAACUAAAACAGAAAAUUACUGGUAUGUAUCGGUAUUUCAAAACACUAAAAGUUUACCCUGUCAGUUCUGUCAUGCUAUAUUUUUGAGAUUAGAGGGACUGGGGAGGGGUGCAUUGUGGAAAUGUGGAAGUUAAAAAUAAGACCUAUAUUUUGUUGUUUCGAAAGGGAGACUUGCUUACGGUAUUUGUACUUGUAUUCAUAUUGAGGGAAUUGACGGCACCCAUUUUUCUUGUGUACAUCUUAAAUAACCAGGCCUCUCCCUUCAAAAGUGAAAGUAAAUAUAGGACAAAUAUCUGUAUACAAGGAUAUUGUUUUCGGUAUCAAGUUCUUUUUUCCGAAAUGACUCACCCCUUCCCUCAAUAAUUGAAAAAAGGUGCCUCAUCUUAGUGGGAUGGGUAGCAUGAUCUGUCAGCCAUUUUGUCUUUUGCUGCACAGACAACACCACUCAUUUUAGAUUGGUCUUUGCCACAGGCAGCCCAAUAAUAAGACACGGGACCACUUAACACUUAUUAUUAUUUUUGCAUGUCUUGUCAAUAUUCUGAAUCUCCCUUUGAAUUCAAAAUCAAUUCUACUACUAAUUAUAUUAUAUUUAAUGUAAGAUCAAACCUAGAACCAAUAAGGAUUAUAAUUUACUUUAUAAUUUUAGGGCAAAUAACAAUCUCAUCAAGAGCAUUGAUAAAUUUAUCCAGGAAAAAAACGUUUUAGCUGGAGUUGCUAUCUCUGAGAUAUAUGCGAGAACCAAGAUUAAUGAGGGGGAUGUUAUACUAACAUAUGCUUGGUGA